AUGGCCGGCAAGCCUGAGCAGCCGUCCACGCUCCCUGCUCCCCCGAGUCACGGCCAUCAGCAUCAUCAACAGGCGCAACAGCAGCAGCCGCUGCAACAGCAGCAACAACAACAACAGCAGCAGCAACAGCAACAAUCGCAUCAUCCGCAGCAACCUAUACAGCAGAACAGCGUUCUGGUAUACGUGUCGGGGGAGAACUUUGCGUACGCCACGGCGGUGGGUCAGAAUGUCGCCGCGACCGCUGCUGCCGCUAUCGCGGUCGGUUAUCAGUCGCAGCCGCAGCAGCAGCCGCAGCAGCAACAGCAGCAACAGACGACGACGCAGUACGCCGGUAUCCUGCAGGCUCCGCAGGUGGCGACGGCGCAGGCGGUUACGACGACCUUUCCCGCCAAAACCGUCGUAUAUUGCGCCGACGAUAGCAACGCAAACCUGGGGCAUUCGACGACAGUGUGCGCCACGGCGACGACGACGACGGGAAUGAUGACGCGCGUCGGGACGUCGCGCGAUAACAAACGACCGUCGGAGAACGGAGAACGCUCGACGGCGAACGGUCUUGGGAAUAACGAUCCGAUGGUGUCCGGCUCGAAGACUUAUCAGACCGCACGGCUCCAGCACGGUGGUGACGCGUACUCCGCGAGGAUGAGCGGCGAGUACAACUCUGCGACGAAUAGUAACAGUAUCGUCGUGCGAUCGAAUCCGAGCGACGUUGGUCUUCUCGGUGGUGAGGACGACUGUGUCGCGUACGGUACAUCGACGUCCGCCGGUGAUAGUAACGGGAUCGCGCUUCAAAACGCCGCUGAGCAACAGGCUGCGACGAGCGUGGAUGACAAGAGCCGGCAUCAAGACGGUUUCGAUAAUCAGCAGCAGACCGCCUCUUCGGCGUCGACGGUGGUCAGUGCUGGUGACGGUAGUGUUGGUGUCGGUAAUGGUGCUGGUGUCGCGACCGCCGGCUGCGACUCGGUCAGGUCCGACGAGUCAUCGACGACGACCUACAGCAGCCUCAGUAGUCCUGACGAGAGUCAGAGUCAUCAGCCGGGACAGCACGACGGUGGUAUGCCGGCGAGUAAUAAUCAUCCUGGCGGUGGUAGUGCGUGUGCGCAGCAGGCUGCGCGGCAGCAGCCGCCGUCGCGUGUCAACGGUAGUAACAAUGGUGUGCAGCAUAAUGCAGUGGUGUUGACAAUGAACGGCAGUGCAGUGGACAUAGAAGUAUGGGAAAGCGAGUCGCCCCUAACGACGACGACGACGACGACGACGAUGACGACGACGACGAGCCAGAAAAGUUAUUCGACUCCGCAUUCUGACUUGAACGUGGCGCACCUGGGCGAUUUCUCUCUUAGACAAUGCGGAAUACCGCGUCUACCGCCGCGUUGCACUUUAUCUUGGCCCUGA